ACCAAACCAUUCAAUGGUUUUUAGUAUACUCACAGAGGUGUGCUAUCAUCACAUUUUUAUCUAUCAUUUUUACAUAUGAGGAAACAAAGGCUUGAGAUAUUAAGGAAACUUGCUGAAGGUAACAUCUGACUGACAGGCCUGGGGCAUUGCAGUGGCCGUCAGGAGCUGAGAUUCCAGUCCGAGCUUGGACUCCCUUCAUGAAGACCAGUCACCUGGGAACAAUGUGGUGUAGGAGCGAAACACGCAGGCUCUUAGGCCGGGUUCGACUUGGGUUCAAGGCUUUGUUGUGCUAUCUACAAGCUGUGUGACUUUUGGUAAAACCUCUUGGAGCCUUGGUUUCCUCAUUGGCAAAAAGGGCAAUUCAGUAAAUGAAGGGGCUGGACUCACCUGCAGGAUCCCUUUUAGCUAAGUAAUUCCAAGCUUCAACGAGGGAAAAAAAGAUAACUAAAAAAUAAACUCCCCAAGCAUCCAGUGCAAAACGAGAGAGAAUUCCCUGAAGACAGGGACUCCCACCCUUUGUUUGUACUCUCUAAGAACCUGGCACGGGUCUGAGUCCCUCACUGAUGGGACUCAGCGCGGUCAGAAAGACAGAAUCGUAAAAUGACCCUUACGAAGGCAGAGAAGGGUGGAAAGAGUUGGGGGGCGGGGGCCGCGGAAACCGCAGGCGUUAGGGUGGUCUGCUCAGCAGUGGGCGAUGAUCCUGAGUGGAAACAGGGGUGGGAGGGAUUAGCGGCAGCUCUUCAAGGCCAAGUUGAGCAGCCCUGUGAAGGCGAGACGGGAGAGGGAGCGUGUUGGAGGAAUGGCUAUGAAAAUAAAUCUUCAGAGCUGCGUUAGGCGACGCGAAUCCGCUCGCAGCCCAGCCUCGGCUCCCCCGGGUCCCCCGGCUCCCCGCAGCCCCCUGCACCACGCCCACUCCUCCUCGCGACUUGGUACGCUCGGCCUCUACGGGAAGCCUCCUUCCUCCGGCGUGCGAUUGGUACAGCCCAAGCUCGGGGAGUUGGAACUCAACGAAAGACACGCCCAUUGUCACGCCCCUAUCUCUGAUUGGCUGGAGAAUUUAAAGAUCCGGCCGGUGAUAGGAUGAUUCUCUACUCCUAGGAUUUGAAAGUUCCCAGUGCCCGAACCUCGCUAGCCAGCCGGCUCCAUUCAGUUUGUUUGUCGGAGUGCCGGCGCAAGUGAGUUGCCAGAGGGCCUGCUUCUUCAAGGGGUCCCUGCCGGGAGGUUGCAGACGAGUAGGUCAGACGGAGGGAGCGCGGAUUCCUGGGCCCCAGGGUCCCCCCGCGAUUUCCCUAGCCAAAUAUUCUCUACCUUUUCCCACCUUGGAGAUGGGAAGCUCCAGGGCUUCGGAAUCACACUAGCCCUGACUACUGCCAGCCGUUGUGGCCUCUCCCAGCCUGUUUCCACUUCUGUACACGGGGAAUAAUGAGACCUGCCUGGCUGCAUAUAAACCAGUGAACCUACCUGGAAGACAGAAGGCGCUUAUUACAUACGUCUCCCGCUCAUCUCCCCACACCUGCAGAGGCGGUGGCGAUGCCGUUGGGGACGCAGGCAGAGGCAGCGGAGCGCGAGGACGCGGAGCUGCGGUGCCGCGUGGCUGUGGAGGAGCUGAGCCCAGGCGGGCAGCCGCGAAGGCGCCAGGCCCUACGCACCGCGGAGCUGAGCCUGGGUCGUAACGAGCGCCGCGAGCUGAUGCUGCGGCUGCAGGCGCCCGGGCCCGCGGGGCGGCCGCGCUGCUUCCCCCUGCGCGCCGCGCGCCUCUUCACGCGCUUCGCAGCGGCCGGGCGCAGCACUCUGCGGCUCGCGGCCGAGGGUGCUCCCCGGGCGGGCGCGGUGCAGUUGCUGCUCUCCGACUGCCCCCCGGACCGCCUGCGCCGCUUCCUGCGCACGCUGCGCCUCAAGCUGGCAGCGGCCCCAGGUCCCCCUCCGGCCUCCGCACGCACGCAGCUGCUUGGCCCGCGGCCCCGCGACUUUGUCACUAUCAGCCCGCUGCAGCCCGAGGAGCUUCGGCGCGCGGCGGCCACCCGGGUCUCGGACACAAUGCCAGUGAAGCGGCCCGCGGAGCCCCGGCCGGAGGUUGAGCCCAGCACCGAAGUCCCAAGGUGGCCCCUGCCUAUGAAGAGGCUGAGUUUGCCCCCCGCCAAACCGCAGCUUUCUGAGGAACAGGCUGCUGUGUUGAGGGUUGUCCUGAAAGGACAGAGCAUUUUCUUCACUGGGAGUGCAGGGACAGGGAAGUCUUAUCUGCUGAAGCGUAUCCUGGGCUCACUGCCUCCUAUAGGCACUGUGGCCACUGCCAGCACUGGGGUGGCAGCCUGCCACAUCGGGGGUACUACCCUCCAUGCCUUUGCAGGCAUUGGCUCGGGCCAGGCUCCCCUGGCCCAGUGUGUGGCCCUGGCCCAGCGGCCAGGUGUGCGGCAAGGUUGGCUGAACUGCCAGCGGCUGGUCAUUGACGAGAUCUCCAUGGUGGAGGCAGAUCUGUUUGACAAGCUUGAGGCUGUGGCCAGAGCUGUCCGACAGCAGAACAAGCCAUUUGGAGGGAUCCAGCUCAUCAUUUGUGGGGACUUCCUGCAGCUGCCACCUGUAACCAAGGGCUCCCAGCCCCCACAGUUCUGCUUCCAGGCCAAGAGCUGGAGGAGGUGUGUCCCAGUGACCCUGGAGCUGACUGAGGUGUGGAGGCAGGCAGAUCAGACCUUCGUCUCUCUGCUGCAGGCCGUGCGGCUGGGCAGGUGCUCAGAUGAGGUGACCCGCCAGCUCCGGGCUACUGCCACUCACAAGGUGGGGCGAGAUGGGAUUGUGGCCACGAGGCUCUGCACCCACCAGGAUGAUGUGGCCCUUACCAAUGAGAGGCGGCUGCAGGAGCUACCAGGUGAAGUACACAGCUUUGAGGCCAUGGACAGUGACCCUGAGCAAGCCCGGACCCUGGAUGCCCAGUGUCCCGUUAGCCAGCUCCUUCAGCUAAAGCUGGGGGCCCAGGUGAUGCUGGUGAAGAACUUAGCAGUGUCCCGGGGCCUGGUGAAUGGCGCCCGAGGGGUGGUAGUCGGGUUCGAAGCUGAGGGCAGAGGGCUGCCCCAGGUGCGGUUUCUGUGUGGAGUCACCGAGGUCAUCCGGGCUGACCGCUGGACAGUGCAGGCCACAGGGGGCCGGCUUCUCAGCCGGCAGCAACUACCCCUCCAGCUGGCUUGGGCAAUAUCCAUCCACAAGAGCCAGGGCAUGUCCCUGGACUGUGUGGAGAUCUCUCUGGCCCGUGUGUUUGCCAGUGGCCAGGCCUACGUAGCCCUUUCCCGGGCCCGCAGCCUGCAGGGCCUGCGUGUGCUGGACUUUGACCCCAUGGCGGUUCGCUGUGAUCCCCGUGUGCUGAGCUUCUAUGCCAACCUGUGGCGAGGCAGGGGCCUCAGCCUGGACUCCCCAAAUGAUGAUGAGGCAGCCUCAGACCAGGAGAACAUGGACCCGAACCUUUGAGCCACAAAAAGAAGAGAAAGGAUGGUCUCACCAUGCUCCUGCACCCUAAGGCCAGGGUCUCAGGGGAUAACAGGGGGAGGGUGGUCAGUGUCCCUUCCUCCCUUCACUAGGGGCUCCAAGCCUCCUGGCAGGGUUCAAGGGAGAGUGCUUCCCACCCAUUUGCCAGCUGUGUCUCAGUUUCUCCCCUUGCCCUGGCUGAGCUGCUUCUAGGGGCAGGAGUAACCCUUUCUGUGCCGGUUGGGAAUGGUCCUGUAGGGAUACCUGGUGUAAGAGGACAGAGCUCUCUGCGAGGGCUGGCCCCAGGGCCACAUGGUCGCGAAUGCUGCUCUUUUUGGGCUGCAGAGGGGAGGGGCAGCAAGGACAGGUGCUCCAGGAGCAGGAGCAGGCUGUAGGGGUCCUGGGAUGCCUCAGGCUGAGUACAGGCCCCAAACAGGGAAGGGAACCUGGGGGCAUCUUCCCAGCCAGGCCCAGCCUAGCACAAGCCAGGACAAACUCCCUCCGGACCUACUGUGAGAACACAUGCUGUGAACUGUGUGCCCGAACCUUAAGCUGCUUUUUGGGAGAAGAAAUUAUAUUUGGGGGUAUUGAAAUGAUGUUCUCAGAUCGUAUUUAUUUAAGACAAAUAAACUUGAGAUUUGCGUAAGGA